AUGAACGAAACUCCUCCCCUUGUUUACAGUGCGGUCAAAUCAAGCGUGAAAUAUCGUCUCGCGAGAUUACAGAAAGCCCUAAAUGCCAACCGUCAGAAAGACAAGUACGUCGGAAAGAGAUGCCGAAGGGAUAAGUCACCCACAACAUCUGGAAAAAUGAGUCUCACCAAGUCCCGUUCUCAAAGGGCGAGAACAACAGUAAAAUUAGCACGCCGUGACAAUUCCGAGGAUCAGAACGCUAAUAAAAUGAACGCUUGCGGGCUUUGCCAGUGUCCGCAGGCUGUUGACGGGCGGCCCAAUUGUAUAUCUGUAAAACAGGCAUCCAUAAUAUUUGCAAAUGUUAAAUUUGAAGGCGCGGUUGUAUGUUUUGGUUGCCUUGACUUACUAAAGAAAGCAGAGGCUCUACAAUCAGCCAAGUCAGCAUUCGACUGCAGGAAAAGGAGGGGCAGUAUCAGUGGCAACGGUGUGUCCACUUCAGCUAAGGUGGCCAGAUACGAGACUGAGAGGAAGACGGUACAGAAGACUUCAAGACAGAAAGCCAUAUCAAGUUUGAAGAAUUCUAAGUAUGCGACAGCAUUCAAGCAUAUUCUUAAGCGUCCAAGAGGGAAAACAGCCUUCUAUCAAACAGUGUACAAGAUGUGCAAAUCAGAGAUUUUCAAUGUUAAAGGUGGUCCUCUUUCAAAAAAGGUGUCCAGACAAUCACUUGAGGAGUUUAGCUGGGAUGAAAUUCUACCUGAUGUGGAGGAAAAGUGUCCUACUUUGUAUAAUGCUGUUUUGGGAUCAAUUAUGAAAUCAAAAGGUCAAAGUGAGCUCAACAAGGUACGGUCCACUUUUGGCACAGCUUUGUCAAUGAUUUUGCACAAACGCCACCCUACAAGAUUCAAGUUUGUACAAGGAAUGAAUAGUAUUCAAAUGUGGCUUAGUAACUGCAGCAAUAAUCUCUUCGACUGUUUCAACAAAAUGGGAAUAUGCACAAGCUCUAAUACAGCACGUUGUCAGAUAGACCAGUUGGUAAAAGAGCACGAUAAUGCAAUCCUCCAUUUGAAAAAACAGACUGAAAAAGCUGAACUAUCACAAAAACUAAACAGAGUGAACAGGCCAUUGUUCCCACCAGAAGUAAAACAAAAUGAUAAAAAUGGAUUUAGCAUAUGCUGGGACAAUGUACAGAUUGAAGUUCAUGCACGUCAUCAAUCAACAGAGAGUCAAAACAAAAUGAUGAUGUGGGCAAUGAGCUAUGCUGCAAUCAACAGAAUAGGAUUUUUCCACUUAAGAGAUGAUUCAACCGUUAAAGCAGUAGAUUUGCCCCUGGAGACCUUUCUGCCGGACCAAUGUGACAUUGAGACCACCACACAACGAAUGGUUGUUAUAGUGUCCAGGAUUUUGACACACUUUCUUCCAAACCUUAAACAACACUAUCAGCAAAUUCCAAUAUCCCACAUCCAACACAAGUUCUCAAGAGAAUCCAGUCUGAAAAGUGAAAUUGUUAACCUUGGUGUCAUGAAAGAAAACCCAUCAUCUAUAGCAGGUGUAAUACAGAUUUUGGAAAAUCUCCAGCAGUAUGUGCCGAGGAAGACAAAUGGUAGAAUGAUAAAAAUUGUUUGUCAUGGAGAUGGCCUGUCAGUUGAAAGACAUAGAGAUGCGCAAAGAGCAAGGGCAGGUUCACUGACAGAAGAAGGCAGAUUACAGGGUCUUGUGUCCACACCUCAAGAGUUCCACAAACGCUGCAUCACUAUGCAGGACACAAUGAACAAACUGUGCAAAGGAGGACAGAAUUCAAGGGGAACAUUUGCUAAUAUUAAAAAUGUAUUUGAUCACAGGAAUGUCACACCCAAGGAUGUAACAAAGUCUUUUAACCAUUGUGUGGACUUCAUCUGGUUUACAACAUCAGGCUAUAUUUGUUUACUUGCCCUCAAAAUACUCGAGAUGGAAACAAUAAACAGUGUACCGCAGCAGUCGCCAUUUCAGGGGACAGAGGAGGAGAAAAAGGUUUUCUUGGCAGAAACUGCCAAGAAAAUUGUCCAAUUUUGCCUGCCAACAUUACAGACAGCACAAGACAUUGCUGAUUCUGUGGAUAAUGAUGCACCAUACACUUUCUGCAGUUGUAAAACAUAUACAGGAGAGGAUAUGGUGCAGUGUAGUAAUACCUAUUGUUCAAAAGGGAAGUGGUUUCAUCUCUCCUGUAUUGCAGACGCGCCAGAGGAUGAGGAAGAAGACUGGUACUGCUGUGUUGUUUGUGAAACUUCCCAAAACUCAGUCUUCUGCAAGUGCAAGAAAGUUAUCAGAGGGUCAAGAAUGGUGCGUUGCCACAGAGAUACAUGCCCAUUUGGGAAGUGGUUCCACCUGAGGUGUGUCGAACUAGAGACAGAUCCAGUGAAUAACUGGUACUGCUCUGAUUCUUGUCGGACACCAGUUACUGAAAACCUGGAGAACCCAUAUACUGAAGAUGGAGUGUAUGAAUACUCUAAGGCAGCAGUAUACAGAGGCCUGUUAGAUCUUGUACAUCAGGACAUAAUUAGAGAAAAUGAUGGACCUGCAAUGAUGAGUCUUUGGAGAAUGAACAUGGUUGACUUUUACAGCAAUAACCACCACAAAUACCUUCAAAUAGGCCAUAUGCUUCUAGCAGGGAUAUCCGGCUUUCUUCCGCAAAGACUAUCCAAUGAAAUCCUCUGGAACAGGACUGUUAACAUAAAAGGAGGCGAGGGUAGAAAUAUUGCCAUGGACCUUGCUAAUGAAUUCAUUAAUCGUGACUUUAAAGAUAACCUCAAGCACUGCCAUGGAAGAUAUACAGAUACUGAUGUUUCAAGACGAAGUAAAAUGGUAGGCGCUCUGGGAUGUUCACUGAAAGGAGCAUAUGCAGAGGCCUUUGGAGAAACACAUUUUCAUCAAACAAACAAAAAAACAUUUGGAAAAUAUGAAAAUGAUGUUGCCAAAUUCAUUGAAGAAUACAAAGAUGACAACCUGUUUAAUAUUCAACCUGGAAGACACCACCAAGGUUUUGAAGGUUUUUCUGCAAGUCAACCAGUUUCAAAUCCUGAAAACUUAAUACGAAGGCUUCAAGGUCACUCAAAAAACAUUGACUUACAGAAACUCCUUCAAAACUGAUGAGCACCAUUUCUAACAAAGAAAUGGAUUGACUGCAGACGAAACUCUUUUUCCUGCACACCAGUAGUUGCAACCAUGCUGGCAUGAUCUUUCUUAUCUGUUUUUUCUUGCAUUUUGGGCCUUGCAAAUCAUUACAAGAAAUUAGAAUAUACAUUACCACAAUCUUACUUUGGACAAGUCAAGAUUAAGAACUUUUUAAGUGUAUGAUUUCUUCCUCAUGUAACAAGAAAGACCAACUGUAUGUUAUAAAGCACCAGCUGCAGAAUUUUUCAAGACAAUAGCUUUGAGAGCAACAGAGAUUUUUGACUUUGUAAAAAUCUUUAACCAACAGCGGCGCAGACGCUGACACCGGGGUGAGUGCAAUAAAAAAAAUCAUUUGUGAUUAGAUGCAAUUUAUUAUAACACUCCUACUGCUGUGAUAUAACUUAUUCAUAAAUAUUUUCGAAACAAUGAUUUUAUAUAUGACAAAUCACUAAAAAAUGUACAUUAAUACUUAUAUUGCUGAUAUCCUUAUUUACUGAUGCACAACUUGGUGCGACCCUAUUUUGUUGCAACAGUCCUAACUGCCAUUUGUGUCUUACUUGAACAGAAGUCAGAUUAAAGUGCUGUAAUAUAGUACUCUUUCUUUUUUUUCUAGAUUAUUAAGAUAAUACAGUUUGAACUAUUGUCUGCUAUGGUACAUUUAUAUGUCUUUAUAUGUCUAGUUUCAAAUUUAAUACUUGGAGCCUCGU